AUGUCUGAACAAGAGAUCCUUGACACCCUUCCUAAGAUUGUCGCAAAGCCGCCACUUGGCCAAACCGGGUUUCCAGGCUACUUGACUGAUGCCGAAAAGUCUGCACUUGAACAAUUAAGACUUCUCGUUGAAGCACAGGGCUACACUGAGAGAAUCGACGAUGCUACUUUGUUACGUUUCCUAAGAGCAAGAAAGUUUGAUGUCAUGAAGGCGUUAGAGAUGUACACUGCUUGCGAGAAAUGGAGGAAAGAAUAUGGUACCAAUACCAUUUUAGAAGACUUCAAAUAUGAGGAAAAGCCAAUUGUUGCCAAAUAUUACCCACGAUACUAUCACAAAACAGACAAGGAGGGUAGACCUGUGUAUAUUGAGGAGUUAGGUAAAGUCAAUGUUACCGAAAUGUACAAGAUUACAACCCAAGAGAGAAUGUUGAAAAACUUGGUCUGGGAAUAUGAAUCAUUUGCAAAACAUAGACUACCAGCAUGUUCUCGUAAGGCAGGCUUUUUAGUUGAGACUUCGUGUACGAUUCUCGACUUGAAGGGCAUAUCCAUCACUGCUGCCUCUCAGGUUUUAUCCUAUGUUAGAGAGGCAUCCUAUAUUGGUCAAAACUAUUACCCAGAAAGAAUGGGUAAAUUUUAUUUAAUCAACGCUCCAUUUGGCUUCUCUACAGCAUUCCGUCUUUUCAAGCCAUUCCUUGAUCCGGUGACUGUUUCCAAGAUUUUCAUUUUAGGAUCAAGUUACAAGAAGGACCUAUUAGCACAGAUUCCUGCUGAAAACCUACCUACCAAGUUUGGAGGUACCUCUGAAGUCUCAGAAGCUGAAGGUGGUUUGUAUUUGAGUGACAUUGGUCCAUGGAGAGAUCCAAAAUACAUUGGUCCUGAGGGUGAAGCUCCAACCAACUAA